UUUUUAUUUCUUUUCAGGAGAGAAAGCUGAAGAAACAGCGUGAUAUGAUGUAUGGUUCAGCUGACUUAAAAAUAGGAGGUGUCUACAUGCCAGGUGACAUUGUGCCGAAAGAUGAUGAUAAAGUACUCAGCAAACAUCUGUGUCUUGAUACUGGAAAUAUACUUGAGCAGGAUGGUUCUCACACUGAUUCAUAUGUAGCUGCAACAGAGGAGGUAGAAAAUGUGGCAAGCCCGGAACCAGUCGAGAUGAAAGAAGAAACUGGCGUGAUUGAGGAUGAACCUGUAGAGGAGAAUGAAGGUGGUUUUGUUUAUGCAUGUAACAUAUGUGGAGUGCAGUAUGCAGUGAAGGAAGACUGUGAGAAGCACCUUAAAGUUCAUACAGGAGAAACAGAUCAAGCUGGCACAUCAAAAGAAGACAGCCCUAUUCCAAGCCCUUCAGCACCGCCACUUGAGAAAAGGAUUUCCCCUCCUAAGAAUAGAUGGAGUUCUUAUAUCUAUGCAUGUAAUGUUUGCGGCAAGCAGUACACUAACAAGAGUAACUGUAAGCGUCACAUGAUGGUACAUACAGAUGACCGUAAAUUGUACAAGUGUGAAUACUGCGGGAAAUGUUUCUCUCAGAAAUACGAGGUCAGAAUGCAUGCCAGAAUACACACAGGUGAGAAGCCAUUUACCUGUGCUGUAUGUGGUAAGACUUUUACGGAGCGUGGUAACUGGCGGCGGCACACUCAAAUCCACGUACGUCCCCAGGAAGCAUCACCGUACAGGUGUGGUAUAUGUUGUAAAGGGUUCUUCCAUGCUGAAAAACUACAGGUUCAUCUCCAAAUACAUUCCGGUCAGCGUCCAUUUGUAUGCACUGUAUGUGGACGUAAAGUGAAGAAGAUAGGUGAUAUGUACCGACAUCUGCGUACACACACUGGCGAAAAACCUUACAAAUGUCAGGUUUGUGGAAAGGGAUUUGCCCAGAAUGGAAACUUGAAGGAUCACAUGAAAGUGCACACUGGAGAAAAACCACAUACCUGUGACUUGUGUGGACAGGGGUUUGCCAGGAAAAUACUGCUGAAAGAUCACAUCAAAAGUCAACACAGAGGAACAACAUUACAAGAUCUGACUGAGGCAGCACUAGAGGAGAUAGAACGCCAGGAGGCUGCAAUGGAAGGGUUAGACGGUACAGAAACUAUCAGUAGUGGCAGUGUGAUACAUGAAAUCUCAUCUGGGAAUGUUCCAAAGAUCAUAUCAGCCUCUGCCCUUGGUAAGACAAUACCAGCUUCGGCACUUGGUAAAACAAUUGUGAUAGGUGGACCUGAAGUCACAACAUCAGAUGAAGCAGAACUGUUACAUGAGGAACAGGAGCUGGAACUACAUGAUGUACAUACAACUUUAACAGAGAAGGAGUUGGAAGCUGCCCAUGUUCUGACUGUGGUACAGGAUGGGGAUAACAUGUUGUACACUUUAAACCCAAACACGAAUCAAGUACAACAGAUAGUUGUCAGUUCGGACCAGAAAGAACAGGUUGUUGUGACAACCAGUGCUCAGUCUGACCUCGAGGUCCAAAAUUCAUAGAACACUGUUCAGAAAGUGAUAUACAGUGUAACAUGUAUAGAGCAAAUGCUGCUUUGAAGACCAACAUUUAAUCACCAUAUAGAUGUUAAUACUAAGGGGAGGAUAAUUCUCUUAGGAAUGUGCCAAGAAAGGAAGGAAGUGUCUGCCUUUAUAAGGUAGUAAUUAUUCUUCAGCAUGGAGAACCUUGCAUUAGAAAACAUAUGAAUUUACUGUAAAAUUGUAUUAAUGUUUUGAUGCAGAUGUGUGGUUGAAAUAACGAGUUAAAGAGGUGACCUGGAAUUUACUAAGGAAGAUGUGCAUUAGUGGUUAGCCUGCACCAGAAACUGCUAGUGCUUGAGAACAAGAACUUUACACAAAUAUAAAUAUGCAUGCCCAGGGCCCACGCUGUCGUUCGCCACUCGAGCCAUUUGGCGAAUCUGCGAUGAAAGUGGCGAAGAAAAAUCGCGAGUGGCGAAAAUGAAAAAAUGUUCGUAAUUUGGACCGCCAUUUUGUUUUAGACCUUCUAAAUCGUAACCUCUGAGAAAUUAUGUUAAAAAACAGUUGACUGGUUCCGAUAAUAUUACCUUAUAAAAUUAACUUAUUUCGGGAUAGUACUACCCAGUCUGCGUUUACUUUUACAUACAACAAUGUGUAAUAAACAUCUUGACACGCGAGAAGAUGCAAUUUGCAAUCAAUUAGCAACCGAUUAUCGGGUUAAAAUAAUCUUUUUGUUUUGUUGUCAUUACGGCAGAUUAAAUGAUUGAUGCCUUUAAUUUCCAUGGAUCAAAUAAUUAAUAAAUAAAUCGGCAAAAUAAUGAAUGGUUUGAUGAAUUUUUUAACGUUGUCGCCACCGUCAGACAGUAUCUUAGUCACAGGCACGGGUCCAGUGUAUUUUUUGUUUAAUAUAAACAUCCUUU